UGUUUUUACCAUGCGGUUGGGAACGUUACUGAAAGGUUUACUUCUAACUACAAUUGUGGCAUGUGUAUUCGCUGUACAGUUUGAUGAAAGACAAAAUGUAAAAAAUAGUUCCACCUCAAGUUUGCCCCAAACAUGCUCACUGUUGACCAAUCGUAACUCAGGAAUUCAGCUGAUCCACCCCCAACCAGGUUUCCGGGAACCAUUCGAGGUGUUCUGUGACCAGGAGUACGAGGGUGGAGGCUGGAUCGUGAUUCAGAAUCGCUACGAUGGAUCGGUUCAUUUCUACCGCGAUUGGGAUGAAUACGAGCGUGGAUUUGGAAAUUUGAAUCGUGAAUUUUGGCUGGGGUUGAGGAAGAUUCACGAACUGACUUACUCGAGACGGUACGAGCUGCAUGUGAUUUUGGAGGAUUGGGAUGGAAUCCGUGCGGUUGCACGGUACAGUGACUUUUUGAUGGCUGGACCCAAAGAAAUGUACGAGUUGAGAAGUUUGGGAUCAUUUAGUGGAAGUGCUGGAGAUUCUUUAAGUUACCAUUUGGGUAUGAAGUUUACCACUUUCGAUGUAGAUAAUGAUGAGUGGGAUGGAAAUUGUGCCAGCUUCACAUACGGUGCAUGGUGGUAUAGAAAUUGCUACAGCAGCAACUUGAACGGACGACACAUGCAAGGCCUUAAUAAAACCGGAAUGACUUGGGCUGCAUUUAGACCAAACUAUUACAGUCUGAAAGUCUCACGAAUGCUGAUUCGUGUUGUAGAUUAAAUGGAUAAGCGUUUUCAAGAAAUAAAGAAAAAAUAAAACAA